UAACAUUUUCUGCCGGGCAAGUUGAUGGUAACAUGUAGACUCAUAAAAGUGUGCGAUGGCCGCGAACCCGCGACUUUCAUAUGGCUGUGGUGUGUUCUGUGUUCCACGACAACGAUGCCUCUGGUGAAGGUGCCUCGCCACUCGGCCACCAACCACCCGAUCUAACAGUAACUUCCGGUACCACCAGUCGAGGCGUGCAUACCCGGAUUACCACGUGACGUCAUCGAUACAGCCUGUGAUCGAGUAUGUCAUCGAUCGUGGCGCUGAUGUUCGGCUGGGGCAUGCCGUCCCGGGGUUACAUAGCCGGCAAGCCGGUGUCGCGAUGGGAGGCCGACUCGGACAACAUCGACAUCGAGUACAAGAACCUGGACAAGCCCGUCCAGCAAGCCAGGUGUGCCCAGUGUCUGAGUGGCAAGAAGGGUUUAGCCAUCAAGGCUCUUCUUAUCCUCGCCGUGCUCUUUGUCGGCCUCAUCAUCGGCUACGUCAUCAGGAGGAACAUCCACGAGGUCUUUGUCUCGGCGUCCAUCAAACAGAAGUACCUGGGCGUGCAACAGGACUACAACCCACGUGUAAGGGACGAGCUACAGGCCCGUGUGACCCACGUCUCCAACUUUGAGGACAGCCUGCAGCUACUGACGAGGGACGUACGGCUGUCGGGGGUGGGCGGCACCAACCGGAUCCUGAUCUACGUGCGGGACUGGUGGAGGAACUUCAACUUCGACAGUCUGGCCAUCAAGAACUACAGCGUCCAGCUGGUCUAUCCCGACUAUGUGGCGCAAGACGAGAACCACGUGGCGAUUAAAACCAACAACAACACCCUGGUGUUCGAGACGUGGACCAACAACUCCAACAUCCACCCCGACAUAUCCCCAUUCAACGCCUACUCAGCCUCGGGGAACGUCGAGGGGGACAUUGUCUACUGUAACUUUGGUCGGAGAUCUGACUACAGAUGGCUGCAGGAGAGAGGGGUCAACACGAAGGGGGUCAUUCACCUCAUUCGGUACGGCAAGGUCCAUCCGAGCAAUAAGAUCAAACUGGCGGAAGAAAAUGGCGCCAGUGGGGUCAUCCUGUACCCCGACCCCUCGGACUACUGCAAUGGGAUGACCAACGUGUCUGGCACCUGGUGGCUACGUGGGGAUCAGGUGCCCAGUGAGCACGUCAGGUACUGGCUGACAGGUGACCCCAGCACACCUGACUAUCCUGCUCUAGUAGGUGUCCCUAGAACUGGCUCCUCUACAGCCAGCACACCUGGAAUACCUGUCUACCCCAUCUCCUACAACGAUGCCGAGAUGAUGCUCAGGCACCUGGGUGGGACGUCCACUACAGGAGAUUGGCUAGGUGGACUUAACGUUUCCUACAACACUGGACCAGGCUUCACUGGGCCAUGGCAAGACUACAAAGUUGAACUGAACAUCAGCAACAGCUUUAGCUACAGAGAUAUCCACAAUGUUAUAGCUGUCCUACGGGGGAAAUAUGAACAAAAUCAUUACGUGGUUAUAGGAGCUCAUAUAGACGCCUGGGGAUACGGUGCCAUUGACGCUGGAACUAGUUUUGCUAUCAUUAUGGACUUGGCCAGGACAUUUUCCACACAGGUGGGGAAAGGCUGGAGGCCGAGAAGGACAAUUAUAUUUGCAUUAUGGGAUGCUUCAAAGUACGGCCAUGUUGGUGCUUAUGAAUGGGUUCAGGAGUAUGAAAAGCAGUUGAGUACGGGUGGUGUGGCAUACAUUAACAUAGAUUCUGCUAUACGAGGUAACUAUAGUUUUUAUGCAGAAUCCAACCCACUUCUCUAUGAUGUAAUUUACAAGGCAGCUAUGUCUGUGAAGUGGCCAGAACCAGGCCAAGAUGGCAAGUCUGUCUAUGAUGUCUGGAAGGAAAGGGCCAGUAACUCUGAAUUCUCGGCCACUGAACCCUGGAUAAAUUAUUUGUCAGGUGACCAAGACCACAGUCCAUUUAUGUACAGGCUAGGCAUGUCUUCAGUGCUGACUGCAUUUACAUAUAAUAUGAAGGCAUACCCAAAUUUACCCACCUACCCCGCCCACAACACAUUACAGGACACCAUGGACUAUGUGCUCAACAUCGACAAGAAAUAUUUAUUUCACUCGGCUUUAGUUCAGGUACUCAGCGAUAUAGUGUUGAGACUAGCAGACUCUGCCAUCAUUCCAAUGAAUGUCACACACUACAGCACCAUGAUGAACCAGGGCAUUGCCAAAGUUAGGCACAUUUUCACCUCGCAUUUAUCAAGUAAUGACUCAGAUCUGCUGUCUGAUGCAGUGUCAGAAUUCACACAGGCAACCUUAACCUUUGACACAGCCCUCAGAAACAAAACAGACCUGACGGAAUUUGAUGUUUUGGAAAUUAAUGACAAGCUGAUUCGUAUCUCAAGAGCUUUUAUUUAUGAAGGUGGACUUUUACAUCAGGGUAGAUACAGAAAUGUGCUGAUAGCACCCCACCCUGACAACCUGAACGAGGAAGUGAUCUUCCCAGGGCUAGUGGUCAGUGAGGACAGUUCAGACGUGGACAGAGACCAGCUACGGAGAGAACUGGUCAUCCUGAUUAUUGCCAUCAAGCGAGCCAAAGAUAUUUUAGUCGACGACUUCGGUCCAGAUUUGGUAGAAAGAGAUUUGUGAGAUGGCCAAGUGUUGAUAGUUUGUGUAAGUGAGAGGUAUUGACAGUUUGUGUAAGUGUGAGAAUUGUGAGAUGGCCAAGUGUUGACAGUUUGUGUAAGUGUGAGAUUUGUGAGAUAGCCAAGCUUUUAACUGUGGGUAUGUGAAUUGUAAAAUGGUCAAGCUAUUGACAGUUUGUGUAACUGUGAGAUUUGUAAGAUGGCAGAGUAUUUACCAGUUUGUGUGCCUGUACUUUUGAGAGCU